AUGGCUGAACAAAAUCCUUCGGAGAAUUUCGAAGAUGAAUCAUCUCGGCACCGUCGCGAGCGGCGAGAAUUGCAGGCAACUAUUCAGCAACUGAAAAAAUCCGUUAAUAAAAAUGACAAAGCACGAAAGAAAAAAGUCGAUGGUGAAAUCAAAGCUCUAGAAGAAGAGUUUGGCAAACGAUGGCAACAUUUCGACGAAAAUGCAACAACUGAAUCAAAUAAUACUGCAAUCCCCAAUCAAUCCGAUGAGAAUCAUCCAUCAGCACAAGCAACACCUGUCGAAAAUGAAGAAAAACAACACGUGUCACGUAAAGCUCGUCGAUUCGCGAAUAAAGAAAAACGUCAGGCGGAAGCUGAUGCCAAUCUAGAGGUGAUCGAUUAUGACAAUCAACCUGACUUCAUUCGUUGUCGGAAUGAAUCUGCAUCGAUCGAUGAACAACUGUCUAAGCUUGGUCUUGAGCUUCGCUCGAUACCUUCAGAUGGUAAUUGUCUAUUCGCAUCAAUAGUUGAUCAAACAUCAGACUUCUCUGUGAGGCAACUACAUUAUGAUGUUUAUUGUGACAAACUCUCGAAAGAAAACGUUUGGGGUGGACAGAUUGAAUUGCAAGUGUGUGCAAUCAUUUUACAAAGACCAAUCGAAGUCAUUCAAGGAGGUGGAAACCAGCCGAUUCGAAUUAAUCAUUCAUCAUCGAGAUCACCCAUUAUUAUUACGUAUCAUCGAUAUCUGUAUGCGAAUGGUGAACAUUAUAAUAUGCUAGCAAUUCUAGUCCUCUUCAUCGCAGUUGUUUGUUUUAAAUACUUCAAUGACUCACAGGAACUUGUUCAUCAAGAUAUCGGGCAAUGUGAUAUGCAUGAAGCACAGAAGAUUAUCGAUAAUCUUUGUGAAUUAUACUCGCUUGGUCAAGUGACAGGCAGUCAAUGUUCCGCAUUGUGCAAUGCUAAUUCUACAAUAACAUUAGCACAAUGUUUAUCUUUAUCCUCAUCGAAAAUCGUUCUAUUAAUGUCAACAAAUGCGUCAUCCUAUGUGGUGCUGAAAUCUUCGCGUCGUUAUUUCGAUCGUGAAAAUACGGAUGUUUUAUUCAAUGAACCGAUCGUGUCAAUACCAUCGAGUCUUUUCAGAUUUUAUGAUAUUAUCAAUUCAACAUUGACAACUCAUAUGGGUAAUGCGUUGACAAAUUUGACGCACGAAAAAUUAAUUCGACGAUUGUUUCGCCAUGAUCGUAUUGAAAAUUCCGUUAUUUUACUAGAGAAUUUCGAUGAGGUUGUCGUGAAAUAUAAUGAUUAUUACGAACAAAAUCUUGCUCUGUCAUUAACCACCGAACUCAAUACACUCUAUUCACUGAUGACCCAGCAUGAAUUUUUACUUUCGCAUUAUUAUCGUUCGAAACAUGAAUUAAUGCCGAAAAUUCUUGGAUGGUGUGGCCAUACGUAUUUAACUGAACACCUAACACCGUUAAAUCACCCUCAGAUAGAAGAACAACUAGAAGCAGAUACAUGGAUACCGAAAGCUUGGUUAGCCAAUCGGUUGUUACAACUUGUUGAUAGUUUCGAACAAGAAUUACAUGCACCACUUCAUCUAUGCGAUUUACAAUUAUCGAAUUUUGGUGUGAGUGCAGGUGGUAACAUCAAAUUGCUCGACUUAGACAUGGCCUACUUCAAUGGUUUGAUUCCAUUAUAUCCUCCAGAGAAAUGUCGUCGACAUUCGGAUUGUUCAUUUUUCGACUGCUCAGGUUAUUGUGAUAAGCGCACGCGUCGGUGUCACACAAAUCGUCGUAUUAAUAAUAAUUUACAAGUUCUAUGUGAAAAAGUCUUAGUUAAAUUGCUCAAACCAGAAACAAUUCCAUCCCGAUUACAUGAUGUUCUCUUAUCCUAUGUUCAUAAAUGUGCAUCACCACUUGGUCGUUAUAAACGUGCACGAGAUCUGAAAAUCGAAGCAUCGCCUCGUUUACUUCGUAUAAUGCAAGUGAUGCUCGAUGGAGAAUUACGAUCUGCAAAUAUUACAUCCAAUUUAUUUUAA